UUACCUCGGAGUCGCUUCAGUCGCCCGGCAGUGGCAUUGUCUUUCAAACUUCCAACAACUCACACCGUGCCACACUUCAAAUGGCAUAAACCAUGGCAACGUUCCUGGUGGGCGCCUGGAACGCUUUCGUCACUGCAUUAUCGCGGCAAGAUCCCCGGACUAUGGAAUGGAAGUUUAUAGCUAAUCCUGGCUACAUCGUCUUCAUCCUGUGCAGCUACCUGUAUGUCUGCAAGAUAUGGGGUCCCCGGUUCAUGGAAAAUAGGAAACCUUACAACCUCCGAACAGCCAUCGCGGUCUACAACCUUCUUCAAGUGCUCACAAACAUGUACUUCCUCUACAAGAUGAUGUACCAUACAUUUUGGUCUGCGGGUUACAGCCCUAUUUGCCAAGGACUUACGUACGAACGGACAUUUCACUCUCUCAGACUUCUGGAUAUCUUUUACUACUACUUGUUCCUUCGCAUGUUUGACUUCUUGGACACGGCGUUCUUCGUGAUGCAGAAGAAGUUUUCUCAUGUUACCGUUCUUCAUAUCGUGCAUCACACGAUAGUCAUUUUCAACGGUUGGUUAUUCCUCAGAGCUGGUUCUGACGGUCAGCCCGUGCUGGGGGUCUGUACCAAUGCCUUUGUUCACAUUAUCAUGUAUAUUUACUACUUUCUAGCUUCGCUCGGACCUUCGGUGCGAAAGUAUUUGUGGUGGAAAAGAUACCUGACCACGAUUCAAAUUGCACAAUUUGUUUGGAUGGGUUGGCAUGCUCUUAUACCCGCCUUUGUGGACUGUGGCUACCCUGCGGAUAACAUAUUAAUCGCGCUGCCACAGAUAUUGCUCAUAUUGUUUUUGUUUAUAAAUUUUUACGUCCACGCAUACAAGACGGAGUGUCCCACUGCUACGGGUGAAAAGUGUGUAAAAAUGUGUUUUAUUCAGGCUGGAACUCACCAGGACAGUGUUAAUUCCAGCAGCUGCAACGGCAGUGAGAAAAAGAAGAAAUGAAGUCCUGAGCUACGUACGACUUCACCUUCUGCACAACAUUUAUCGUUCUCAAGAACGCGUUUAUAAGCACGAGUAUCUGUUCAUCUCGUCUGCAUUGUAACGACCUGUCUUGUUGUUGUUGUUGUCGGUUCUUGCUUUCAUGCGUGUAUGCCCUGAAAUGGCAGAAUAAAAUCAUUGACGU